AUGCUCUUAAUGCACUUCCCUAUGAAUCAGUAUUUAGAGCGUACUAGCUAUUUCUGCAUUGCUCAUCCUCUCGAGCCUAGGGUGGAGCUCAUAGACCUACUUUUUAAGCGCCUAUUAGAGGUACUCAGUCAUAUCAAGUUUAGUGUAGUCCCUUGCUUCUCUAUAUCGGGCAUCGCUCUUCGCCCCAUCAACCCGCCGCUUUUGGCGUCUAUAAGAUGCUCGCUCUCCCCGGCCCACCCCUUUCUACGCCUCGCUAGCCCGCUACCCUAUCCUAUCUCCGGUCACCGAUCAAAAUCUCACUCUUUCUAUUUCCGCCUUAUCAUUCUUUUUACCUCGGCAGGCUUUUUAGUUGAGAUUAAUUUAGACGGCUUUCGAUUCUUAUUUUAA